AUGUUCGCCGAUAUGUGCUGUCGUGCUACUGAUGCUGAUGUGAGUCCACUAAAACGACUUCUCAUUUAUAAAAAUCUUAUGAAUGAACUCAAAGAAAUUCUUUUCGAAAUUGCAACAACAGGCAAACAUCUGCACGAUACCUAUAUUGAAGCUAUUGAUUAUAUGCUUCGAGCGAUUCAUUAUUUGCAGAAAGGUCGAAUUGAAAUUCAAAAGGAUCCUUUGCUUUGUGCAUUACUCAUUGCCGUUGUCAAGUGUGUAUGUUCAAUCUAUUUUAUCGAUAUGUUCAAAAAAGUAGUUCGACUGGAAAAACUCGAUAAGGCACAGACAUUUAUACUUGAUACAUGCACUGAUUACAUCCGUUGGCAAGAAACUGAUCAAUAUAAUGAGACAUGUGUAUCUGUUCGAACUGCUUUAUUAAGAGAUUUUACUAUGUGGCUACAAGAUCAGGCACUCUCUUUUCGACAAUGGAGUAAAAUAACGAUUAAAAUCAUGGAUCAAUUAUGUAUCACCCUCAUUCACGGAAACGCUCAAGAUAAUGAUACUUACACUCAAGAUAUUCGUGAUGAUUAUUUGGCCAGUAUUGAAGAUGAAAUGACACGAUUCAAUGUCUAUCGUAUUUUGGCUUCAAUUAUGACCGAAGAAGAUAUCAAAACAUUAACAAAUCCGAGUGCUAUUGCCAAUGUUUUUCUUACAUUCCUUACCAAACUUAUCGAUGAUUCAAGUAUGAUACCACGAUUUCACAAUCUACUCCGUAGUCUCAAGAUCUUAGUUCAACAUGAUCAAAUUAAAGAAAAUGUAACAAAACAAGGAAUGUUGCCUCUUCUUAUUCGUUGUGCAACACAGACUAAAUUUGAUUCUAUCAAAGCACGUCAACCAGCUCUCGAAAUCUUACUUGCUCUUACAUUCAACGAUGAAGCAGCUAGUCAACUUAAACAGAACUCAGAAUUUAUUACAAAUCUGAAAAUUAUAUUAACCACAUCGACUGAAUCUGGUCUAAAAAGAGUGGCUGAAAGUCUCAUUUGGAAGUUAGAAAAAGAGAAAACAGCUAUUGCAAUGUAUCAUGCAAUAGGCUCUACGAAUUACACAUAUGAUAUUAUGUUGAGCUAUUCACACAGUGAUCGGGAUCUAUGUUAUCGUAUUCAUGAUCGACUUAUCAAAGAUAGUUUUCGUGUAUGGCUCGAUCGAGAUUAUAUGUACGGAGGAACUAUGAUUGCGAUGGCUAAUGCUAUUGAAAAUUCCGAAUUUGUACUGAUCUGUAUGUCCGAUGCAUACAAACAGAGUGCUUAUUGUCAAUCCGAAGCACAUUAUGCUUUUGAACGUCGAUGCUGUUUAAUCCCACUUGUGAUGAAAUUAAACUACAGACCAGAUGGAUGGUUAGGCAUGAUAGCCACUGGAAAGAUAUAUAUUGAUUUUCCAAAACUUGGAUUCGAUAUUGCUUAUGACAGAUUGAAAAAUGAAAUCGAUCACAAUCAAAAGAAACGAAAUCAUUCGACUACACCGAUGAAAACCAUACAACAUAGUGUAGCAUUUACAACAAGAGCAACAGAAUCCAAGAAAGUAAUCACAAAAUCUGAGUUUGACGCUCAGUUACGGCUAGUCAAGUAA